UGUAGUUGCAGGAGGAUGGGGCAAGGCAGUAGUAUUCCAAAUCCAGAGCAGACCUUCGGAAUUGUGCAUUCCAAACUGAAGUCUCAUCUGACCAUUCUGAAAUGUCUUGCCAAUCUCUCAUAUCCGGACUUCCUUCGAUCUGUGCAAGAGCUCAACUCGUUAACAUCAUCUUUCUGUGAUAGAAGAGGAAAGCAGUUGCUGUUUUCUGUAGAAAAUGGAACACAUUCUACCAUAUUUUGGAGGACCUCUGUGAGAAUCAUUUGUGAGAAAGUGAAUACAAAUAUCAAUCGAGUGGAGUCUCGAAGACGACUGAAUCUGAAGCAGUACAUUGUGUUGUACAGGGAAAUCUCUGACCAGGUGGCAAACUUAAACGCCAUGGAGGAAGAGAAAGGACACCUCAGUAGUUUACCGAGCAACAUCUGUGCCAGUGUUAUAUUUGACGGGGUGGGGCAGCAGUAUGAUGAGAAUGAAUGCUGUAUCUGUAUGGAGCGUAGGUCUGAGAUCAUUCUCCCCUGUACACACCAGUUCUGUGAGGGCUGUAUAGAUACCUGGAAUGUGACCAACAAAACGUGUCCCAUUUGCCGAGAACGAGUGGAAAGCACGGACGAGACCUGGGUCAUUACAGAGAAGCCAGAUAACCUUGAAUAUGAGACAGAGGUCAAAGGUUACCUAGUGAGUCUGGGCGACAAUCCAGACCACAAAACAUGAGGAGGACAGGCUGGGCUGUUUUAACAGAAUUGAUUUAUGUAUAUCAAGGCUAAUGGAUUCUCAUGUAGAAUAAGACCAGCACAGAAAAAAAAUCCAAAUUAUCAGAACUGAUAUGUACUGGAAUGUCUGAUCUACAUUUUAAGUUUACAACAAAUGGGAAUUUAUUUAAUGUUAAAGAUGUUUCAUGCCCCACCUCCUCUGCUUGAUAUAUUAAGAUUGUUUUAUCAGAUCCAUGUCAUCUGUGUCUCACGUGAGAUAUACCUCAGUUAGAAAGUGCUGACUAUGCACUUUUAUUGAAUUCCCCCCAAAAACAUUUUCAGUGUUUAUCAUGCUUAUGUCUCAUGGGUAGAUUAAACAAACACAAGCUUUCAGUUAUUCUCAUGCAGAAAUAGUGCAGUUUUGAUUUACCAUAAUUAAAGGUAGGUUAUGAAUAAAAUCUGCAUAAGUAUGAAUGUGCUGAGAUUUAGAGAUACUGGGUAUAUUUUUCUAUUUGCUUCAUGGACUUUGUUAUAGAUUGUGUUUGAUAGAGAACUUUAAGUUCAUUAUUUAUGAAUGUAUGUCAUCAGACCCAAUCAGGUUUUGUCUUUUAGUCUGAAUAAGUCAUAAAUGUUCAGUGAAAUAUCAGAUUUUACAUUUUACAUGUAUUCAUUUCUAAAGCAUAAUAUCAAACUUAUGAUAGUCUCUUGAUGUCAAGAAGAGAUGAUUUGGAUGGAUUCUAUUUCUCUAGUUUUCUUUAUUUAAAAAUCAUUGUUAUUGUGACCUGCAUUAGUCUAGAUGAUAAAUAAUGAUGUGCAUCUAUUCAUUUAAACACAUAGUAAGUACAAAAUUUUGUCUACAGAUGCAUAACAAAUGAAGCUUCCAAUGAUGUAAAUAGUUAAGAAAAGAAAAUGAUAAAGUGGCAGAUUUAGAUUAUUUUGGAGGGGAGGGAAAUCAGAGAGAAGAUAAAAAAAAGUUUAUUUACAUAUACUUUCCUCCAGAAUUUACCAUCUAAUAUAGACUACUAGUUAAUCCAGAGAGUGUUGUGGUAUUUAAUACUAUAGUGUGAUUAAUUUAGCAGCUACAAAAAAUGUUUUAAUGUGCUAUGUUAUUGUGAAGUGUGCAAUAAGCUACAAAUAGAUAACAUUGAUAUUUACCGUACAGUGGGUGAGUUGUUUUCAUGUGACCAGAGCUUUGGUGCUUUUGUAAUUUACUGAUAAUGUUCAUGUAUGUUUAUUUAAUAUGUUACAUAUUAUUAUUAUUAUGCUGUAUAUUUAAUUUAGGUAUUGAGAGACAUGAUUGUUAGGAUUAGAUGUAUUUUAAUCUAAAAAAAAUUCUACACUAUGCAUCAUCAAUAACAGAGACACAGUACAUGUAUUUAUUUAUCGAUGCAUACUGGUAGUAACCAAAUUUUUAUUCUUUUAAUAAAUAAUGCAUAUUUAUUUGAAUUAAACUGUUGAAAGUAGAUUUAAUUUAAUUUACAUUUUCACAGCAGUUGGUUAUGUUGGUUCUAUGAGAGAGAGAGACAGACAGACAGAGAGAGAGAGAUGACAAACUGAUUCUACAAUUUCCAUGGUUGUUUUGAUUUUACUCGCAUACAUGUACAAUGUACCAGUACAUCUGACAGUGUCUGUCCUAUGCCGCAAUCUGGCACAGCAAACAGAAAAACUGUAUAUCUUUUUAUGAAAAAUGUUGAAUUUAAAAGAUGUUUAAAUUUACUUGGUUUGAAUGUUAGACAAAUUUUAGACUAGUCCCUGCUAGUAGAUGUGCUAGAUGUUCAUGAACUGUUUUUGCUUUCAAUCACAAUUUUUAUUUUAUGAAUUGUGGUGAAUAUUUCCAUGUGAUUUAGUCCAGAGAGUAACUUUUGAAGGAGCAUUUGUGAUCAAACUGUUGUUGUAUUAAUGAAUUAUGAAAUAAAUUAUUAUUCAUUAA